CCUUGUUGGGCCCACAGGACCGCGAUUAACCUUUCAUCGUAGCUGUCGUACUUCAGUGCGACAGACUAGGUACGCAGUUAUGAGGCGGAUAGAUUACAUUGCGACCAAGUGCGCUCGCUCUUCAUUUGCUGAGGGAUGGGGAUCCUAGACCCCUGGGGUCCUUUACCACUCUCUUGCGUGAAGGCCAUUCGGGGCAAUUGAAUGGCAUGUCGAGGGGCUGAGCCGUGCCAAGGCAACCAGGUCUCGGAAACACCACAAGGCUCUAUGCAUCCAUGUAGGUGUCUGGUAACGAACGCCCUUCAUAGUCUGGGAGAGCUCUUCAUAAUCAUCAACAAAGUCCGAUCCAGCUUUUACUAUUUUCCCGAGCCCUUGUCCGUGGCAGAGUCAAAGUAUGAAUUCAAACAUCGUCAAUCAUCAACAACCAUAUGAGGCCAACUGGGCCAAGUUGAUCGAAAUAGAUCGUCACAACUUCGGCAGUCUAGCACCCAUAACGCAGUCAGAUUAUCCCGACUCCACUACGCGUCCUGCUAUAGAACUUGGACCUCCAAGACAGAAACGUCGAUUAGAAUACGUCAAGUGUGACUUUUGCCGGCGGUCCAAGAAGAAGUGUGAACCCUCCGAGCGCCAAUGGCCAGGCGAAAAAUGCCAAAGGUGUGACGCAAAAGGAUUUACCUGCUCGGCGCCUGUGAAGAAGAAUAGGGCCGGUUCUGAUGCGUUAGCUGUGGAUAAUAUCUCAUUAUUAGCAAGCAACGCUCAAAAUCUUCUUCACGAAGAAAGAGCCUACUGUGCCCUUGCCGAGAAGUGCAUACAGCAAAUAUCAAGCGGCUUACAGAGAAAUAUUUGCAAACUAUCUUUAGAAAACACAAAGAUAGGCGCAAUACAUCGCAGUCACAUAAACCACAUGGUUCCUGAAGAGCUUCGGUACGCCUGUAGAUAUUGGGUACCUCAUCUCUGCCGUGGUAAAUAUAAGUUUUUGGGUGACGUGGAUCUGCAAAACCAAGUCUACAACUUCCUCACAGGCCAUUUUCUAUGCUGGCUCGAGGCUCUUAGUUUGUUAGGGCAUUUACAGGAUGGUAUCAAUUCACUAGAGUCUUUAGUAAGUCUCGUUGAUAACGCAAUAUGCAGUGCAAAGCUAAGGGGCUUCGUGCUCGAUGCAAAGCGCUUCAUACUAGACUAUAGAGCGGACAUUGAACAGUUCCCUUUGAGUAUAUACCCCAGUGCUCUACAGUGUGUACAGUCAGGUUCAAUGAAAGAAAUCCACAUCCCUGAAUUACCAGUCUCGGGGGAUUUACAUCGCGGCAAAAUAUGGGGGAGCCGGAUGACAACACUUCGGGGCCAUACCUCCAGGGUUUUUGACAUCGCUUUCUCGCCAGAUGGUAAGCUGCUAGCGACAGCUUCGCUUGACGGGACAGUUAGGCUAUGUGAUGUAGCUACGCAAAAGACGUUGCAAGUACUUGAACAUAACAGAGGGGUUGGUGCCAUGGCUUUCUCACCAGAUGGAAAUCUCCUAGCGUGUGCCGUGAGAGUCGGUGAUGCGCGUGAUAGGACGGUCAAGCUCUGGAACCCGGCCACAGGAAAGGAGCUACAAAUGCAGAGUCCUAUGGAGAGUGGCGAUUUUGUUAAUUGCAUCGCCUUCUCACCAGAUGGAAAGUUAUUAGCAUCCGCUUCUGACGAGAAGAAGAUCCGUAUAUGGGAUCCUACUACGGGAUGCUUACUGUUAAUUCUCAUACAUAAGCGCGGUGCUCAAUCUGUCGCCUUCUCACCAGAUGGAAGGCUACUCGCAUCCGCUUGUGGGGGUGGAGUUAUCAAACUAUGGGAUCCGCACACAGGAUAUGAGAUAAGAUCGUUUGUGGCGCAUAGUGUCUGCAUUUUUGCUAUAGCCUUCUCACCGGACGGUCAACUACUAGCAUCAACUUCACUAGAUACCACGGUUAAGAUAUGGGAUCUAGCUACAGGAAUAAAUCGACAAACAUUUGCAGAGCACACUAGGAGUGUUGUGUCCAUCGCCUUCUCACCAGACGGGAAGCUGCUUUUAUCAGCUUCCUUAGACAAGACGAUACAGAUAUGGGAGUCAACCACGGGAAACGUGCACGAUACGCUCGUUAGGCCUGGUGAGAUCGAUUCGGGUAUUGCCUUGUCACCAGAUGGCAGUCUGCUAGCGUGUGCCUUCUCAGGUACAGGGGCAGUGGAUAUGUUGGAACUACACGGCUUCAAAUGAGAAUGAUCUCCCUUAUUUCAUAGAAGAACAGGAGGAACGCGAGGGAUUGUAGAUUUAGUUUAUCUGUAUUUCACUGAUAGCGAGGAGCAAAACAGGUUGUGUUCCUCAAUAAGCAUAAAUUAGUCCACCGUUUCGACGGGGAGGAGGUGUAUGAAGACUCAGACACACUGGACAAUGAGCAAUAUUUGGACGCUUUUCACAGAUCCACUAUAACUAAGAGUCAAUUUCCUUAGCAAAUGAUACAGCUAUUUUUCGAAUGGGC